UUUUUUUUCCCUCACUCUUGACAGCCUUUGCUCAUUCCAACCGCCCAUUCCUCCAUUUCUCCAUUCCUCACCCCCCGACUCGACUCGACUGAACAGGUCCCUUUUUCGCGACAAAGCACACAUACUACACACUAUCAUCAUAACGGCUCACUUUUUUUUUCUCACCAUUAUGUCGACCGCCCCAGCUCCCUCGUUUCACCUCCAUGCACUGGACCUGCCCGAGAUCCUGGCCCACAUCGGUAGCUUUCUCUCCCAACGCGACGCCCUCACAUGCGUCCUCGUCUCCCGAGCCUGGCUCCACGCCUUCCAACCGGUGUUGUGGGGCCACAUCGAGACCGCGAACGAUAUCUCACCCGAGGAUAUGGAACGACAUUCACAUUUCAUCCGAACGUUAUCGUUGGCAGAUUUGAGAGGGUUGGAGAGGGUGUUGAAGAGGUGUGAGAGGUUGGAGACCUUGAUUCUCUGGCCGGAUGCAUUUGAAGAUGAGGAGGAUGAGGAGGAUGAGGAUGAAGAUGAGGAGGAGGAAGAAAGUGAGGGAGAAGGAGGGGUGGGAGGGGACGGGGAGGAAGG